GAGGACUUAUAUAUUAGAAUUGAAACAAACACAUUUAUAAAAAUGAGAAUUUGGUGGGUUGGGGUGAUGUUAUUGCAAGUAGUGAAUUGUGAUCCACAGACAUGGAGUUUGGGGAAUGGAUGCAGCAGUGAAGUACCCAAAGAUCCAAACUUUGGCACCAACCUCAAUGCCACCUUCCUUCAACUCCGAGCUAAUCUCUCGGAGCCCAACAAGUUUGCCACCGCCGACACAAAAUUCUCUCCAGACUCCUCUGUUUACGCCAUGGCGCAGUGCAGAAACUACUUGUCUCCAACCGACUGCUUGGCCUGCUUCGACACCGCUGUAGACACCAUCAAAUCCAAUUGCUCCAACCUCGGUGCCCGGGCCGUCUUUGAUGGCUGUUUCCUUAGGUACGAGAGCUACGACUUCUACCAAAGGACAAGUGAGCAUUGGCUAACAUGCGAGGAUGUUUCGUCCUCGGCAGCCGGUUUCUUGGAAGAAAAAACCAGAUUGCUGAGUGACCUUGAAGUGGCAACUCCGAGGAUGAAAGAGUAUUUUGCAGCAAGUCAACGAAAUACAAUUGUUUAUGCGGUCGCGCAGUGUACUCUCACAGUCACACGACUCGGCUGCCAAGGUUGCUUACAGGCGGCAUCUAAUAGUUUGCAGAACUGCGGUGAUGCAACGGGUGGAAGGGUUACCGAUGUUGCCUGUUUUAUGAGAUAUUCCAAUCAAUCUUUCUUUCCCGAUGAUCAGACAACACCUAUCAAACUACCGGGAAAAGGAAUCGAUGGAAAGGCAGUGAUAGGGGGAACGGUUGGAGGUUCCCUACUAUUUGUGAUUGUAGCAACUGCUCUCAUGUGGUUCAAGUUUUCAAGGCAGCUCAAGAACGCUCUAAUAGCUAAUAUAUUGGGGGCUACGCAGUUGCAACUUCCGAAUAGAUAUAGCUACACUGAUUUGAAAGAAGCAACAAACAAUUUUAGUGAGGAGAAUAAAAUAGGACAAGGUGGUUUUGGUGCCGUAUACAAGGCGAUACUGAGAAAUGACACAAUUGUAGCAGUGAAGAAGUUGGAUAUGAAAUAUAGUAAAGCAAAGGAAGAUUUCGAGAGCGAAGUGAGACUUAUUAGUAAUGUUCAUCAUCGCAACCUAGUCCGUCUCUUGGGAUGCUGCACCAAGGGAUCUGACCUGCUUCUUGUUUAUGAGUUCAUGGAGAACAAAAGCCUCGAUAGAUUCUUAUACGGUCAAAAUCGAGGAUUGUUAAGCUGGAAACAACGGGUGGAUAUAAUAUUUGGUACGGCAAAGGGGAUUGCGUUUUUGCACGAGGAUUACCACACAACCAUCAUACAUCGAGACAUCAAACCGGGCAAUAUCCUACUCAACAAUCACUUCCAAGCUAAGAUUGCAGAUUUUGGUUUGGCGAGGCUUCUCCCUGAGAAUCAGACACAUGCCAGCACUAAUUUUGCAGGCACAUUGGGGUAUACAGCACCAGAGUACGCCAUCGGCGGGCAUUUGUCUGAGAAGGUCGACAUCUACAGCUUCGGAAUUGUGAUGCUUGAAAUCAUUAGCGGCAGAAGAUCCACUGAUGUCACCCAAGAUUCCACCUAUGAAUAUUUACUUAAAGAGGCAUGGAAGUUAUACGAGAAAGACACACACCAAAACCUAGCUGACGUGGCAUUGAACUUGAACGAAUAUCAAGUGGAAGAAGUGAAAAAAAUGGUGGAGAUUGCUAUGCUUUGUGUACAGGCAACGCCUUCUUCGAGGCCAACCAUGUCUCGGGUCAUUUUCAUGCUUUCUGGCGAUGAAUCCGUUGGGGUGCAGAGGGCUGUCCGAACGCCGUCUUUCAGUUAUGAAGUUGGAGUUCAUAUUGAUAAUGGCAGUUUGCUUUCUACACAAGAAUCUGCCUCAGAUUCUGAUGCCACUUCCUUACUCACUCAGAGAGUGGCAGAUCCAGAAAAAUAAACUCGUUGGGUCGGAUGCAGUGAAGAAUAUCAUUGUAGUAUUCCUAUUUUGGUGUCUCGUCGUCGUCCUACUCAUCAUCUUUACUAUAGUAAUUUAACUAUGAAUAUUAUCUCCGUUAGUAAACUCUCUUUUCAUACUCUGAAUGCGAAAUCCAAAUAUGUGGUCAUUGUUUGAAAUAACAUGCAUCCUUUCUUGCA